AUGGACCAAUCCCAGAACACCGGUUUCCAAGCCGGCCAGGCCACAGGCCAAGCUCAGGAAAAGAGCAGCCAGAUGAUGGAUAAGGCUAAUAACGCUGCCCAAUCUGCCAAGGAGUCGUGCCAACAGGCUGGCCAGCAAAUGCAGGAUAAAGCUCAGGGUGCUGCUGAUGCUGCCAAGAAUGCUGCAGGAAUCAACAAAUGAAACCAAAGGAUGAGUAACACCCACCUGCUCCUCUUCGAAUAGUACACAUUUAAUCAGUUUAUUUGUUUUUGCCAUUGUUUAGCUCAUCAAGAGCUGGCUGUUUUUUUGUGUCCUGUUCUUUUCUUUGUUUCUUGUCACCGGUGUGUACUUCGAACAUAAAG